AUGCAACUUCUUCUUUCCAUCAGUAUAGGAUUUGUUGUCUAUAUAAUUAACUUUCAUAGUACAUUAGCUUUACCACCAAAUUAUGAUGAUGUAUCAAAAGACAACACACAUUUCAAUGAAGAAAUACCAACAUUGGAAAAUUCUCAACCAUCAGCAAAAUUUAAUCCCGAACAUAUAGGAGGUUAUUAUCAAGGUGAUAUGAUCAUUCCUGAAGAGAUAUCACGUGGAGCUGCUCACAGACCAUUAUGGCAACGAUGGCCUAAUGGAAUAAUACCUUAUGAUAUGACAUCAUCGAUUUCUGCCAAUCAUUCACAAUUAAUUGUUGAUGCUAUGCGACGUAUGGAAAAUCUAACACGAAUAGGCAAUGUUCAAUGUAUUAAAUUUCGUCCCAAAACUAGUUCAGACGAAAUUUUCAUUACAAUAAGAAAUGGAACUGGUUGUUCAGCUCACGUUGGAUAUCUUCAAAAUUAUACAUUAAAUCGUACUGUUACUUUAAUGCAUACACCACGUGCCACUUGUAUGAGAACUGGAAUUAUUCAACAUGAACUUCUUCAUGUAUUAGGUUUUUUUCAUGAACAAUCUCGUCCUGAUCGUGAUGAUUAUGUUUCAAUUCAAUGGAACAAUAUUAUAAAUGGUACUGAGUUCAAUUUUCAGAAAUAUAAUCUAACAGAUAUUGAUACUCUGAAUACAUCAUAUGAUUAUGGAUCUGUUAUGCAUUAUGACGCAGAUGCUUUUAGUUCCAAUGGUUUACCGACAAUUAGGGCUACGAGAAAUGCUAGUGCAGUACUUGGACAACGUAUUGGUAUGAGUCCAAUUGAUAUUCUUGAGGUUCAACGCUAUUAUCGAUGUGAUCGAACUUCAUCAUCAAUAGCUAUUCGAACAAAUACAAUAUUAAUUAGUUCAAUUAUUAUUAUAGAAAUUACUUUAAUAUUUUUAUUCAACUCUGCCAUCUUAUUAGAAAGUAUUAUUUGA